AUGGUGAUUCUCGUCACCCUCAAUGGGAGAAACCCCUUUAAACCUGGGGCUAUAUCUAAAGAGGAAUUCUAUAACAUAGAAGUUGCAAUAUACGUAUUAGUUGCUCAAUUCUGCCUUCAGCAGCUAUUCGCCAAAUUCAGCCUCCUAUUCCUGUACUAUCGCUUCUUCUCUCGUCGGCGAUCAUUUGUCAUCUGGGUCUGGAUCGUCGGUACUAUUCAAUUGCUCUGGUCUAUCGCAACAUACCUAGUCCACUAUUUUGUUUGCAUACCCCCGAAGAAGGCAUGGACUCCGACAGCUCCAGGCCACUGCAUCAAUAAUCCGGCAUUUCUCGCUGGCGGAGAGAGCAUUAACUCGCUACUUGACUUUGGUCUGGUCGGUAUGGCUAUUUGGAUGGUUCAAGCUUUGCAUAUGAAGACAGUAGUCAAGAUACAGCUGUGCUUCUUAUUCGCGUUAGGGGGGCUGGCUGGAGUUUUCGGUUUCGUCAAGAUUGCCCAGGCCUUUGGCAACAGCUAUGUGAAUAAUAUCCUCGACGCAAUAUGGGCAACUAUCCAGCAAGCAUGCGGUGUCAUCUGCUGUUGCGCACCUAUGUGUAGAUCCCUUCUUCCCAGACUUAGUCUAUACGAAAGAUUUAGGAUACUCAGUACCCGGGUGUUCAGCACUAGGACCGAAGACCAUCAAAGACCUAGUCAGACGUCGAACCUGAACGAAACCCCAGAAAAGGGGGCCGGUGAGAAUUGGCGCCCUACGGAAAGCUGGAUCCGACUUGAGAGUAACGAUCAAUCAAGCACUCGCGAACUGGCCGUGAUGGAAACGCCGCACGAACCUCCGCCUACGUAUAUCUCGCACGUCUAA